AUGGAGCAAUUCGAACAACUUUUAACGUGUGCCAUAUGCCUGGAUCGGUACCGUAAUCCAAAACUCCUUCCAUGCCAGCAUAGUUUUUGCAUGGAACCUUGCAUGGAUGGUUUGGUGGAUUACGUAAGACGACAGGUUAAAUGUCCGGAAUGCAGAGCCGAACAUCGAAUCCCUUAUCAGGGAGUACAAGGAUAUCCAACAAACGUAACCCUACAACGAUUUCUGGAAUUGCACAUCGAAAUAACUGGAGAAUUACCGGAUCCAACGAGUGGACAAAUUAUGGAAAGAUGUAAUGUCUGUUCGGAAAAAUCCUAUUGUAGCAUGUGCAUGCAUUGCGAUAAAAAAAUAUGUGGAGAUUGUAAAGGCGCACACAAAGAUAUUUUAAGAAGAGAAAUUUCUAGAAUAAAUAAUCAGGUAAAAAGAAGUCUUCAUAAAUUAGAAGAUGUUUUGGCGGUUGUUGAAAAAAACAUGGUCGGUCUUCAACAUAAUUGUUCAUCAAUAACGGAAGAAGUUGACGAAAUCAAUAGAAGAUUAUAUAAAGCGCUUAAAGAUAGAACCGAAUAUUUAAGAGGUGAAAUAAGUAAAUAUUCAUCAGCGGAAAAAAAAAAUUUAUCAACACUUAAAGAAAAUUUAGAACAGGAAAUAUCAAACAUACAAAGCAAUUGCGAUUUGGCCGAGAAAUACAUAACCGAAGCCGUUGAUUGGGAUGAUAUUGAAUUAAUGGAUGCCAAAGAAAUUUUUUUAAAAACUGUUGAUUUUAUAAGAAAUUUCGAAUAUGAAAACACCGAUUAUAAUCGUAGAAUAAGAUUUACAAUGACCCAUGACCCUAAUCAAUUAGUUCUACUAGUUGCUGGUUUUGGAGAUUUGAAUUCAAUAGCAACUCAUCAAAAUGUAUCAAAUAAUCUUCCGGGUUUGGCUGGAAGUGGUUCUAGCACGAAUCUUUUGCAACCAUCGGCUCCCGGACUUAUGAGAUCAAAAAGUGACCACAGAUUAGCGACACAAUUUCGUUCCCAGGACGAACGCGGUUACGAUCGUUAUGGGGAAGCUGACGAUUCUUUAAGUACCCCUAGAAAAUUCGGUGAAAGAUACGGUAGACAGGGUCAAACAAGCGGAGGAUUGUACGGAGAUCGAUUUAAUAGAUCAGAUUAUGGAUCCGAGUACGAAGGCUCUUACGACACCGAACCGAAAAGACCCAGUUACAGAUCAAGAUUUAGAAGAGAUCGAGAUAGUGAACCCGAAUGCGAUUCGGGUCAAUCGAGAUCCGUAAGAUUUAGCGAGCCACAGAACAAAGAGCGAGAAAGGGUUUUCGAUACGGAAGAUGCUGCUCGCGGUCCUUUGAGCGGCAUAACGAGGUUGUACGAUUCGCCUCGUGUUAUGCAAAGACUUCAAGAAAUGGGAAAGGAAAAAAAAAAAGUUGAAGUGAAACCCGAGCCGCCGCCGCCGAUUCAAAAAUUUCAACCACCCAAAAGAGCACAAAGGCAGAUUUCGGAAGAGGAUGAAAUAACAAGAAUGAAAAAGCAAAAUAAAGCAAGCGCGAACGAACAAAAUCAACCCGAGGCUAAAUCGAGUGCAGACAGAACGACCGUUUUAAGAAAAGGAAAUUCUCACGAUGGUGAAGAAAGAAGUUCGGCAUCGACGAGGGAGGAAACGACCGGUCGAAAAACGACUCCCAUGCCCGAGGUUCCGCCUUCGAGCGAGGAAGAAAGUGGCGAUGAAGAUGACGAAAUGUCGCCAUUGCAAAAUAAAACCUCUGGUCCAACAGCAUCGAACAGUACGACAACAUCGCGAAGAUCUUCGCUUCAAAGUGAAUUACCAACAGCAUCAGCAGCAGCAGCAGCAAGUUUUAAAAAAUCCGGUAGAAGUGAAUCGUCUGAUUCCACGUCAAGUUCGGAAAGUUCACAAGGAUCGACAACCCCAAAAAAUUUAGUAGGAGGACAAAACUUGGCUUCUGAGAAUGCAAAAUCAAAAUUUUCACCAAGAGAAGAUUCUGAUAGUUUAGGAGGGAAAGGAAAAGUCAGCAGCACAGAUGGAAGCAGUCAAUUAAAAUAUCGAAGUCGGUUCUUAAAUCGUCAAAAUUCAGAAAAUGUACAAUUACCAACAAAAGAAGAAGAUGAAGAAACGGAUUCUGAUUCUUCCGAUUCGGAUACUGAUACAGAUGAGGACACUGAAAGUGACAAAAGUAAAAACGAUACCAAUGAUAUGGAUAAAACGGAUAUAGGACCCUUAUUGGCAAGAAGUGCACUUGCUAGAGAUAAUGGUGGAAAUUCUAGGCAAAACAGUAAAGAAGGAAGCGUUUCGAGUUCGAGAUCUCGAAAUACUCCAGAUGAUUCGUCACUAAAAGAAGAAGUACCCUGGAGAACAAAAUAUGGAAAUGUUAGAGAAGAAGAACCGACAAAUUCUCGCAUGGGACAAGAUAAAACCGAAGUCCCGAGAUUUUUGUCACGGAAUCGUCAGUAUCAAGAAGAAAAUAAAUUUCCCGGAUACGGAAGUCGUUUUUUAAAUAAAAAUAAAAGUUCUCCCGUUACUAGCCAGGAUGAUGAUUUAGAUAAAAUUGGAAGCAGAAGAUAUUCUAAUGCGAUGAUGGAUGAUGAUAAUAAAUAUCCGACAACUCGAUCCAGGUUUUCGGGAGCGAGAGAUGGAAAAAAUUCAAUAAUGAAAAGUAGAUCUUCCCACAAUUUUGCUCAAGAUGAUGAUGAUGAUGAUGAUAUGAGUCCUUCUUCUUAUUUACCUUCAAGAUACGGUCAAAAUAUAACAAACGAUCUCUCCAGGAGCAGAUCAACUCAUCAUUUAAAAAUGAAAGAAAAUUCACCCGAUCGUUUAACUUCCGGUCGUGAAAAAGAUGGUGCGGCACUAAGCUCUUGGGCGAGAUAUUUAAAGAAUAAAUAUGGAAAUCGAGGUAAGGAUGGUAAAGAUUUGCCAAGCAGUAAUCUUCCAUCUUCCUCUGGAGCAUCAACAUCCUCUUUGAAUUCGAGAAGGCUAUCUUUAGGAUUGCCUUUACGUCACAAUUCAACGAGUUUCGAAUCAUCUGACGAUGAUCAAAAAAACAUGCAAGGCUCCCCCACAUCCCCUACAGUUAUGGCGGCGGCAACAGCAGGUUUCGUAGCAGCGGCGUCAGGUUCUACCCUUAGAAACCAAUACCUGCAAAAGCGUCGACAACUGUUUAAAAUUGGGAGUCGGGGGAGCGAACCAGGAUGUUUUACAUGGCCCCGUGGCAUUGCCGUGGGUAUCGAUAAUUCAAUCGUCGUAGCCGAUUCAUCAAAUCACAGAGUUGAGGUGUUUGAUUCAAGAGGAAAUUUCCUUAAAGAAUUUGGAACUUAUGGAAACGGUAUGGGAGAAUUUGAUUGUCUUACUGGAGUAGCCGUAAAUAGAAUUGGACAAUUUAUUAUUGCCGAUAGAUAUAACCAUCGCGUACAAGUGUUGGAUCCAUCCGGAAGGUUCCUUAGGGCAUUCGGUAGUCAGGGUACUGCCGAUGGUAGAUUUAAUUAUCCCUGGGGGAUAACAACUGAUGCUUUGGGUUUUAUAUACGUUUGCGAUAAAGAAAAUCACAGAGUUCAAGUUUUCCAAUCGGAUGGAACAUUCGUAGGAAAAUUUGGUACUCAGGGAAAUAAACCUGGUCAGUUGGAGCAUCCCCAUUAUAUAGCCGUAUCAAAUACAAACAGGGUGAUUGUUAGUGAUUCUAACAAUCAUAGAAUUCAAAUAUUUGACGUUAAUGGUAGAGUUUUAUCUUCAUUUGGUAACGAAGGUUCGGAUGAGGGUCAAUUUAAGUUUCCAAGGGGUGUAGCCGUGGAUGAUCAGGGUUACAUAUUUGUUGGAGACUCGGGAAAUAAUAGAAUUCAAAUAUUUCAUCCGGAUGGUUCGUUUUUAAAAUCAUUUGGAUGUUGGGGAUCCGGAGAUGGAGAAUUUAAAGGUCUCGAAGGUGUGGCUGUGAUGAGCAACGGAAAUAUUUUGAUAAAAUAUUUGGCAAUUGAUUUUUGA